CCUAAAACAACGUAUACUACCUCUACUGGAAUUGAUGAUGAAAUUGAAGUGCUGGAAAUUUUGACACAGCCUUCUGGGCUAAAUUCUCAUAGAAGAGAUUGCAGCUACUUGGGCGAGUCUUCUAGCAGAUCAGGAAUUUUAAACUUGCACGAUGUGAAGAAUGAAGAUGACUGUUGCAUAACUGAAGUGCAAAAAAAUGUAGCAAAGAGCAGUUUUUUUAAUAACCUGCCCAAAGCUCUGUUUGACUCAAAGCCAUCUGUAAGCCAGCUCAAUCUAAAGACUGAAGACGUUAAUUUGAAGCUAGGGCUGCUCAAGUUUGAGAAAGACCUCCAAAAAGUACUUGCAGCACAUAACUUGGGAUCUGCUUCAGCUAACCCAAUUUCUUCCUUGAAGUUGGAAACUCCUGAUGCUGAAGAUGACAAGAAGUUUAAUGUUAAAUUAGAACCUCUCAAGAUUGAGUUGGCCACAAAAGAAAAUGCUGAAGUAAACAAAGCAUUAGAUUUGCCUCUUAAUGGUACCAUCCCUCCUCUGACGUGUUCCAGUCCUGCUUCAGCUCCUGCUCCUCCUUGCCAGGCACCAACUGAAGGCCUUGUCAAUACCUCUGUUGAUUCGUCGUUGUCUAUGUCUUCCAAUUCAGAAAAUGGUUUCACCGGAGGAAGAAUUCCCCAUUGGUUAACACGCAAUAUGAUGGGGAAAUUUUUGGAAAGAAGUUAUUCUUGUCGUGAAAUAUUUGGAAGUUCUCUUGACUGUUGCUUCCCGACUCAGCUUGAUCCUGUGCUUGCUCCCUACUGCAGAGUUCAAAAAAGCACUGAAGCCAGUCUUUACUGUGCCAGUGUCCAUCAGAGCAAACUACUGGGCUUUAAAGUUAAUUCUACACCCGCCACAACGCCCUCGUCUAUAAACUCUGAACAAUCCUUAUGUGGGAGCCAAAAAGUAGACAAUGAGCAGUCCCUUUCCACAGCUCCAAAUUGCAGUAAUGUAAAAGGAUGCGGUGUCAAUGAAAAUGAAAUUGAAGUUGUGAUUAAUAGUUUGCUGUGGCUCAGACUUUCGGUAACUCCUCUGCAUUUCCCCGACGCUGAAAUGAUUGGGGAUAUGCUGUCGCGAUAUGUUCUAAACUGUGGCACAAGUCGCGUGCAGUCACAAGCUCUGUCUGUGGCUCACCACAUCUUGGCCCUGAUGCCACCAUCGUCGGCCACGCGGGACUACUACACCGCGCUGUUGCGCGCCAUCGUUACGGCUGCUCCUGGUCAAUGCAAGAAGGAAGUGCCUAUGGGAGAUUCGGCGUGGACGCUGCUGGAGCGCGUGGCAUGCUUGCUUGGUGGUUCAUCUUGUGAAUUUUUCCCUCAAGACGAGCUGCACCGUCAACAAGUCACUUACGAACUCUGGCAAUGUCAACAACACCUGCUUGAUCUUUUGGCUUUUGUUUUAAGUGUCUUGGACCUCGACAUGUGCGCCUGGAAAACAUAUGCCAGAUCCACGGCCGCAACGCCUGUAGAAGAGCUCAUCAGCUAUCGGCUAGUUUUUGGCUACUCGACAAACCCAGCAGUGCUGCCCAAAUCUGCCCUGAAGACCUUGAAGCUCUGGCUUAGUCUCACUCCCUGCGCCACCCAGUUUCAGUCUCUGCGUAUGCUCAGGCUUACCUGCUCAAGGUUUAUAGCGCUUAUGCUUGAGCUGGUGUGGCUAUAUCAUGGUCAGCAAGCUCCUGUUAAGGCAGAAAAGAUGGAAGAGUUGCUCGCUGGAGCGCUUUCCGUCCAGGACAGUCGCCUCGCACCUCUCGUCACCGCCAUGACUGUCGAGAUCAAAGGUAUGAAGUUCGUCAAGAUCUACAACCUCGUACGGGAAGUUCCAGUAUCUCGCCACCGUUAUUUUCUCUCGAAUUUGUUGCUCUCGAUCUACUCACCCGCGAGCAGCAAAAACAACAACAAUGAAUCCGUGCCCGUUGUUAUGGGCGUGGGACUCAGUGUCCUACAAAACAUGAUAAAAGUUCUUUCUGACGAAUGCUGUGCCUGCCGUGAUUCCACACGCGGCGAAGGGACCAUGUCGGUAAAUGGGGAGGCAAAUUGCUGCACUGGUCGCCAGGUUGACCUCAACCACAAGGAAAAAGUCUCUGUGUUAUUUCAAAAAAUCAUGUCGUACAUUCAAUUCACAGGAGCCAUUCAUGUCGUGAGACGAGCCACAAUCGAAAGUCUCAAGAAGAAAGUCAAGUUAUCCGCUAAUCAUGACAGAAGAGGGAAUUCUCUUUCAGAGAAUGAUUGUUCUUUCGGUUCUAGAAGCAGUAGUUGCUCUUCUGAUUGCCAAGAUCCUCCACAACUCGCUGAUGAGAUUUUCUAUGAUGUUUAUGGUAGAGCUCUCGCUAAGGAUUAUUUGACCGCGUGCACUGCGCGAUUUUCUUCAGAUCGCAAAAUGAUGAUCGGUAAACAGCGUACAUUUAGUGAACUCUUGGAGUGUUGUGAACACAUUUUCAUGUUGAAGAUGCCUCUUGUUCUUCUGUACUUCAAAAUUUAGUCAUGGAAUUAGUGAAUAACGGAAAUUUAGUGCAUAACGUUACCAUUAAUUUUAUUAUUUCAUGAGCAUAGGAUCUGAUAUUGUUCAUUCCUAAUCUUAGUUUUGUUAUAUUUUUGCCCUUGUAGUUGCCGCUCUUUUGCAAGGGUUCGAUGUAUUAAUAUUUACCAGCCAAUCAUUUUCGUCUUAAUACUACUUAUUUAGUAUACAUUCUUCAUUGUAUAUUUUAGGUUUAUGUUACUGAAAGUGAAAGGUCAGUUUAAUUUUAAUGCUGGUUCUAAACUUUUAGUUAGUUAUGCAUUUAGAAAAACAGUUUUGUGCAUGAUUGCAAACUUUAAAUCGUUUGUCCGUUAUUUUCGUUCCUCGACUAGUCACAAGCCUGUAUUGGUACUGUAAUACUCUAAUUUUCUUUAGAACCUAAUAAGAACAGUCAAGUUAUUUUUCAAACUGCGUUUAAUUGUUUUCCACUCUUCCUGCUUGCUUGUUGAGAAAUGUUCGGAAAAAAGCUGAAACUUGUUAAUUGUGCUGAUUGCUGUACUUGUUUUGAAUAGUUCUUUUCGAUCUUAAUGUAUCAAUUUAUAAUAGCG